AUGGAGCUAUACCUUAGGCAACUUCCCAUGCUUGAUCGCAGCAAGUCAGACUUGCUCACCUUCCCCCUUCCGCCGACCAAGGACGCACAGAACUCGUCGGGUCGGAGUGAUGUCGAAAGUCGAAAGACCAGAAUACCUAGGCGGUCAGCGGCGACACCCAAGAAGCUCAAGUCGAUGGACAACAACCUAGCUGCUGCCCUUCGUGAACCCGUACAUCGAGGCCCAACCGACGAAAAUGUGUUUCCCCUCGCGUCCACGAACUCGUCGUCCGGGUCACAGGGCAAGGGAUUGCUCAGGCUGCCAGGGCUUCAGCAUGAUCCAGCGGGUGAUGCGCAACCCAAACGUUGCACGAUCCACUCUGAUGCUCCGAUUGAUCUAGACUCGCAGACCCAGCCCAUCAAAGUCGCCAAGUCUAAGUGUGCAAGAUACCCGAUAACUUACAAGCUGAAAACAACCAGCCAGCAAAGACAGAUUCUCGCAGCCCAGGCCAAUGGCGCGGCCCCUGUAUUGCGGGUCCAAAGCUUCUACGACGAGUCGCAUUGUAGUGGGGAACCGGCACGGCCGGCCAACAAUUCCUCGCCAGACCUCCGCGGCCUCACUACUCCAUCGCCAACGGGCCAAUCCUAUCUAUCGCCUCUCAAGCAGGGACUGUCUUCCCACUGGUCCAUCUCCACCCGCCAAAGUCAAACCGACGAGACCGUGCACAGCCUGAUCCCCCCACCAAGAUCUGCCUCGAUACGUUACACUGCACAAAGAGCACGCUCACCGGCUCGGUCGAGCCUUAAGCCGGAAGACACUGGCGGCGCCAGAGUCGCAGAAGAUUGCGACAAUUCUGAACCCGCUAGUGGCGCAGCUGUCGCAGAAAAUCACGAGGACGCGGAACUCGAACUAAUACAAACCGUGCAGUUGAACCUGGACGCUCGAUCCGAUCACACCACGAUUUCGCAAAAAUCGAGCAUCAUCCAUCGGCCGCGUCCGCUGGGCCGUGGCCGAGGCCAGAGCUUCUCAACCCCUUAUGCCGAGUUUGAUAAGCUGAUGACGCUCAAAGCCAGCGGCCUCGGAAGUUCGAUUACGCCUGGUCGAAACAACAGCGUGGGCACACCCUCGGUUGCCACUUCGCAGCAAUCAUCGAGCUUCAGGAGCCUCGCGUCCAGUUCAUCGACCCUGAGUGACGAUGAUCUGCGGCAAAAUAUCCGCUCUUCCCGCUCGUUUGUCAGUGACGGCGCCAGCGAUCGUCUUUGCGACCUGGCCCCCAAAAGCUCUUUCCCCCGGCUGGCUCAGGCUCAGAGGUUUAGCAUAGCGUCCCGUCGGAGCUUCUUUUCGUCUCUCGCCAGGCUCGAUUCGGCCGACAACGCCUUGAACCUCGAUCUCCAUCUCCCGGCCGAUCCUCGCAACGACAAACUGGGUCGUGAAAGUGAAGCCCAGAGGAACAAUAACAACAAUAAACAUCCACGAGGCCACCGGCUGAAGAAAAAGACGAGCAGCUUCAAAUCCCACAAAUCCAAUAGCACCCUUCGCCAAGAAAACCGUAACAAUAAGGCCCCCUUGCCCACCAUCCCCGACUCUUUCCUCCAACUAUCUCCAAAACUACCUGACCCUGCCCCUCGCGGAGCCUUCCUCCCCACAUCUUGCUACCACCGACUGCGACAGAUCGCCAGCUUGCGGAGCGACCGGGACAGAUUCAACGACCAUCGUCAACCGCAAACAAAAACUCGCAGGAAGCUGUUCCCAUGUCUUGACCCCCGCAACUUCUUCUGA